AUGGCUAGCGAAACUAAGCUAAACCAGAAACAUAAACUGACAAAUAAUAAUAACAACAUCGUAAGAAGAGACCGGCCCGACUCCAUUCAAGGGGGCGGUGUUGCAAUCUUCAUACGUAAAGGCAUUAGUUAUAAGGUAAUAUACAAUAGUGAAGUGCGAAAAUUUCGAUCGCUUGAGGUGUGCAUUGUAUGCAUUCCUCUCCAACAUGGAAAGCGGGUGUAUGCAGUCGCAGCUUAUGCGCCAGAAGCACCUCAGCCUGCUGACUUUACGGCAGAACUCGAAAAACUUUUUCAAGUGCUACGAUUGAAUUUGGAGGAAAACUAUAUCCUCAUGGCCGGUGAUUUGAACGCCAAACACCAAGAUUGGGGAAAUCAAAUACAGAAUCAGCGAGGUAAUCAUCUGUAUAAUUGGAUGAGUCAAAACAAUAUUGAAUAUAGGGUUGAUCUGCUGGCUACUGAAAGGCCAUCGUUUCCAAGAAGCGGUUCUUUUCUGGAUAUAUUGCUUCUAGACUCAAGACUGACAAUAACAGACGCUGUGGGCCAACACCCAAGAAACUGCCUUCGUACAAUUGAGUACGACAGCGACCACUGCGGACUCGCCGCCGCAAUACAGCUUCCGAACGAGCUUGUGGAAUUGGAGGAGUAUGUACCGGAGCAUUCUUACAACUACGGUAAGAUGCGCUGGCCACGCUUCACCAACGCUUUAGCAAGAGAACUCCGUUCGAACAACAUAGCCCCUCCAAACGACAGAAAUCUGUCGAACAGUGAGAUCGAUGGUUAUCUCCAACAGAUGGACGAUACCAUCUUACAAACGAUGAACAGAACGAUACCUAAAUACAAAGAACGUGACCAAAAUAACGUUUACCGAAACACGUCUAUUGACGCACUCCACAGACAAAAAAGCGGACUAUUGACAAGACUUAAACGUUUAUACCGGCGAUUUACCGACCCACACGAUCUGGAGAUUAGAACACUGAAGUCGUCGAUCAAAAACAUCAACCAGUUGAUCAAAGAAAAUUAUAGGUUGUCUAUUAAUUUGUAUUGGGACAAAAAAAUUCGGGCCGUCAAUUCUAGCGACCCGAGUAUGUUUCCGCAGAUUAAUAAGAUUUUUAGACGGAAUGAUCAAAACGAGCUUCCGUGUCUUAAGCUCCAGAGAACUGUGGAAAACAGAGACGUACUCCUGACCGCAGGCAUAAAUCCAGGGGAAGCCGUCUUUGACGACGACCUCUUUAUAAUCGAAGACCCGCAAGAGAAAGUGGAGGCGGUGGGUGCUGCCUUCCAGCAAGUGUACAAGGUAAAUGCUAGCAUUAACCCGAACCAUGACCUGGAAAACAGGGCCCUCCUUCAUCACUUCUACCUACGUAAUGAUAUUACGCAAUGGCGAUCUGAGAAUCGCGGUUUUACCGGGUUUAAUGAAGAACACUUGGCAAACGCCAUCAUCGCCGAGCAUGCUGGGGCUAACACCCUGUUAGUUACGAAGGUAGAGCUCAAGCUCAUCUUCGAUUCAUUAAAGAAAAAGAAAUCAGCAGGAGUCAAUGGUAUAUCCAAUAUUGUACUACGACAUCUACCGCAAGAAGCUAUUGACAUUUUUGCCACUCUGUUCAACAACGCUCUGAAUAAUGCAUAUUAUCCAAAGCGUUGGAAAACAGCAGUGGUACAUCCUCUACCGAAAAAGGGAAAGGACAACUCCAAUCCGGCAAAUCUCCGGUCGAUAAGUCUCCUUCCAAGUAUCAGCAAGGUAUUUGAAAAAGUUAUCAAUAGGGCUCUGUCUCAGUGGGCUGAGGACAACAAUAUCAUACCGGAUAAUCAAUUCGGGUUUAAGGCAGGACAUGACACUAUUCAUGCCGCGUCUAAACUUGUAUCUGAUAUUCAGUGGAACAAAUCUAAAAAACAGUGCACGGGUGCCUGUCUUGUUGAUUUGGAAAAGGCUUUCGACACCGUUUGGUUAGAAGGUCUCUACCUUAAAUUAACAAGACUUGGUAUAAGUAAACCACUUUUAUAUAUGCUUUAUGACAUGCUCAAUGGUAGAACGUUUGUUGUCAAAAGUGGCAAUGUAACUUCUACUGGAGUUUUUAAUAUUAAAAAUGGUCUUCAACAGGGAGCGGUGAACGUACCGAUUCUCUUUAGUAUUUACACCAGCGAUCUGAUAGGAAGUCUAACUCAGGCAAUUGCGUAUGCCGACGAUCUAAUUGCGUACAGAACAGCUCCAAAAGUUGAGGUCAUCAGAAUUCUCUUGCAACAUAAACUAGAAACUAUUCGUCGCGAGCUAACGAACGCAGAAGAAGUACGGAGUUUCUUGGGUCUGGUUAACUAUGUUGGCAAGUUCAUUCCAAAUCUUGCAACCACAACUGAUCCACUUCGAUUUUUAACUAAAAAGGGUCAGAAAUUCGUUUGGAAAACUGAACAGCAAAAAUCAUUUGACAAGCUUAAAGAAUGCAUGUCCAAAGAGCUGACACUAGGAUACUAUGAUGUUAAUGAUCGAACGCAAUUGGUUGUAGAUGCUAGUCCUAUAGGACUAGGAGCUGUAGGUAUUAAUACAAAUUAA